AUCUGCCUGUCUCGUUAACAGACUUUAGACUUCUCCCUGUGUCUCCUAACGUCUCCUGUAUCUGUGCUUCAACAGGUUGAAUCCAAACGUCCACAAACAAGUCCCGAUCUGAAAAUGUCCACACUCUCACCUGAAAGACAUCAGUAUGAAUCAUGAUGUCGUUAAACAGUUCAAAGAGAAGCUGGACAGGUUGAACGUAUCAGACUACCAUGGCCUGAGCAGUCCAGGCCUGACCUGCUAUCUGAACAGCGUGCUUCAGGUGCUUUUCAUGACCGAAGACUUCAGAAAGGCUAUGAAACGAUCCUGCAGUGAACAUUCAGCAACCAUUGAACCAGAGCUGGUAAGGCUCUUUGAUGAUUUACAGAGAAAUAUCGCCAGAACUCACGACGUCACAGACAAACUGGGGAUCUCCAACGUUUAUGAGCAACGUGAUGCUGCUGAGUACUUUGAGAAGAUCCUGUGUCUGACCAGCUCAGAGGCGACCCGGAUGUUCAAAGGAGAGCUGAAUCACAAGUCCCAGUGCCUCCGCUGCAAAGAGAAGAACGACUGCAGGAGUUUUUUUUGGAUUCUGCCGCUCACCGUGGAAGAUCCAUCUGGUCGAACCUACAGCGUGGAGAAAGGGCUGAAGGCGUUCUUCAAGGGAGAGAAAGUCUGCGGGGACAACAAGAUGUUCUGCAGCCGGUGCAACGACAAGCAAGAUGCACACUUUGAAUGUGAGAUGACACAGAGUCCAGACAUUUUGACCCUCCUGCUGAAGAGAUUCAGCUUCGACAACAAGCUCCGAUGUUUCAUCAAGCUUCACUGCAACGUGGACGUCCCCGAAACUUUACACAUCAAGAAUUGCAAAUACGACCUCUACGCUCUCGUCGACCACUUUGGUAAUCUAACAGGAGGUCACUAUACGGCUCAGAUCAAAUCUUUUGAGACUCACAUGUGGUAUCACUUCAACGACGACACUGUGAACGAGGUGAAACAACAACUGUUUGCAGCUGGAGACAAGUAUUUGAGGUCUUCUACAGCUUACCUCCUCAUGUACAGGAAGGUGAGCAAGAAUCCCGAAAAAACUGAUGAAGGUGACCAGGAGUCUCUCUGUACACAGUCAGAUGUGGAGGCAGAAGGAAGAUAUGAAGAGGCAGAGAGAGGAGAGGCUCUCGUUUCUCACCGUCAACCGAAGCAGGAAAGCUUCAAAGGACAGGAAACUGUGCAGCACUUGCAUGGCGAGAUAUUAAAGAAGAGCCACGAUGAUACGAUCGGGAUGAAACAGACAAACCUGAGAGCAGGUUGUGGGAGGACACACCAUGAGAUGCUUCAGUCAGACUCUGUGGAAGAUGGAGACAGUUUGCAAACACAGAUGUCAAACUUUGUGAUGCUGCAAAAAGACGGAGGACGAAAACAUCAUGAGAAGAGACGGCAGCUUGAUACAAACCUGCACCAUGUGGACAGUAUGAUAGAGCAAAACCGUGCAUCUUCAAAGAAAAGACUGAAUGCAAAUGAGACUGUCUGGGAAACACCAAAUUAUGUCGUAGCGAAGACUAAAACAAGUGUUAAGGAUUGUAGCAUAAGGACCAGACCUGCAGAAUCUAAAGCUGUGAGAAUCAAAAAGGAGGCAGUAACAGAGGUAAGACUAGAAGGAAAUAGUGCCAAACAGGAAAGAGAGGCUGGUGUCGGUGCAUGUAUGUGUAAUUGUGAUGGAAAGUCAUAUCAUGUUUCCCCGAGUGACUGCUCUUCUGCUGCAGCUCGGUGCAGGACAGCACACAUGCAGAGUCCCUCUAGGAUGCGUGAACACAGUGGGGGGAACUUUUCAAAACUGAGCAGAAAAUCAAAGAGUCCAAACAGCGACAAGGAGACUGAAGGCAGCAGCUGCAACCUGGACACAAAAACUGGGACAAAAGGAUCAAAAACUUCAAGUUGUAGAGAGAAAAAAGAGGCUACAAAGAGCAGGGAUAAAGACAGAAAAGAGCCGUGGAAGUGAUGGAAUAACAAAGAGAAUAUCUUAAUCUACAGGUGAUCUUUUUUGUCACUUGGAAUAGCUGUUUUUAAAUAUUUUAAGUCAAAGUCACAUUGUAAAUAUUCAGUAGAUCUGAACAUUUGACACUACUACUGACACUGACUCUGAUCAAUGAUGUUUUUAUUAAAUCUCUGUUUCAUACAUGUAGAUGGGUGUUUUAUGUUUUAUGUAGUAUUUCAGCGAAUCAUCAAACAGGCUGGACAUCAUGUAUUUAUGUCUGUAAAGUAAAUUACAGCCAAUGCUGCUAAAUAGCAUUACAUUUACAGUUUAUACAGUCAUUUACAGCAAGAUAUUUAUGUUCCACAGUGGUUUGCAAAUUAUAAAAAAUAAUGAAGUACAUUUACUCAAGUGCUGUACUUAAGGACAAGUUCGAGGUACUUGUGAUUUACUCAAGUAUUUCCAUUUAAUGCCGUUAUACUUCUACUCCACCACUUUUAAGUGACAUAUUUUGUUACUCUCCAGAUUACAUCUGAGCUACCUUCAUUUGGAGAUAAAAUUAGCACAAUUUUAAACAUCUACAGCAUCACUUUUACUUGUUAUUGGAGUGAAGUAUUUUCAGUGGUGGGGCACCAGUUGGCAAAACGUUUUCUAGCAUGAAGGUCAGCCUAUAUGGCACUGAUGGCACUUAAUGUUUUUUAUGCCCCUUUUUGUCGAGAGCGUCUGUGUUUAGGGACCAGUCCAACUUGUUACAUAUAACUUAUACACGCCACAAUAGCAGUGUUGUCUGAGUACUUCUGUAUGUGGCAGGACUCAGAGUUGUAUUUGAAGUCUGCUGUGUACAGUGAGAACAGGAAUGGAGCCAGAACAGUCUCUUGGUUAAUUCACUGAGCAUCAGACAGAACUGCAGGCUGUUUACACAGAGCAGAGGGGAGAGGACAGGAGAGGUC